AAUAUUGAGCAAAUUACACUCACUGGAGUAUCUUAAAUAGGCUUUGAAAAAGCACAUGCAAGUACCAGCAGUGGCAAGUACCGCUAGCUGCUGGUAAACUAAGCUGUCUUGACUUGGACAUACUUUUUUGCCAACACAUGGCUAACCUUUGUUACAGCUGCUAUUAACGAAAAUGUGUUUGGAGUUAGCUUUCUAGCUAAUAGGCUAUUUGAGUUUAUGCUUCCUCUUACAAUUAUAAUGUGGGCAGGUCAAAAUACUGACUAUCUACCAAAAUAUUAAUUUUAACAGGUUUAAUAGUUCUCCUUGCCAUUAUCAUUCACCUUUUUCACAUGUAAUAAAAUAUUUUUGCUAACAUAUGGUGGGGAUCCCUGGGUUGCCAGUUUGCAAGGGCAAGAAAGGUUUGCACUAGCCCCCUGCACUAUUGGAUGAUUGGUCAAAAGACUCAUAUGGUUCAUAAAUAACCAUUUCUAUUUUAGAGUGAUUUUUAUGCGUGCUCAGAAAAGUUGGCACACUAUAUAUAUUUUUUUUUAUUUCACCUUUAUUUAACUAGGCAAGUCAGUUAAGAACCAAUUCUUAUUUUCAAUGACAGCCUAGGAACAGUGGGUUAACUGCCUUGUCCAGGGGCAGAACAACAGAUGUUUACCUUGUCAGCUCAGGGAUUUGAUCUUGCAACCUUUUGGUUAAUAAUAUUACCUAAAUUCCGGAAAGGGAAGUGGCUCCUUUGGAAAGUUAUCGAAGCAGAAAGUUCUCAGAAGUUAUCUAGCUUAACAAACAGAAGAAGGGAAACAUGGGAACAACAGCAAGUCAAUUAGGGAAGGAUCUGCUCUCAGAAUAUCAGGAGCUGACAUUUCUUACAAAACAAGAAAUUCUGUUGGCACACAAGCGAUUCAGUGAACUCCUCUCCAAAGAGGACAGAAACCUCACCAGUGUGCCCAUGGAGAAAGUCCUUUCACUGCCAGAACUCAAGUCCAACCCUUUCAGGAAAAGGAUCUGCCAUGUAUUCUCAACAUCUGAUAUGAAAGAUGGAAGUCUCACCUUUGAGGACUUUCUUGAUCUGAGUGCCUUCAGCGAUUCAGCUACACUGGAAAUCAAGUCCCACUAUGCAUUCCGCAUUUUUGACUUUGAUGACGAUGGCACUCUGGAUGGUGGGGACCUGGAGAAGCUGGUGAACUGUUUGACUGGUGAGACUGAAGACACAAGGCUUACACCUGAAGAGAUGAGGCAGCUCAUCAGCAAUAUUCUUGAAGAGUCAGAUAUAGACAAAGAUGGGACAGUAAAUCUGUCAGAGUUCCAACAUGUUAUCUCCAGGUCACCAGAUUUCGUCAGUUAUUUUAAGAUUGUGCUGUGAAGUCUACGAAUAACACACCAGGAUAUGGAUGCUUUGGAUUCUGUUCUAUUCAUACUAAGAGGACCUCUUCUAUUUUUUUCAUUGUAAUACCAAUAACUUUGAGAUUUUGCCUUAAAUUAUACAGAGUGGCUCCACUCCCCCCCCCCCCCCCCAGACUAAAGGUUCCUAAGCUUUUGGGCAUGUGCGGAUCACGCACUGCGCAUGUUUUUACCUCUACUUGACACAUACAUUUGUGUUGUAUCUUUCCUUUCACAUUUCUCAUUGUCAAUCGUGAAUGAUAGAGAUAAUAAUGGAGUCUUUGUAGGCACCAACUCCGCAGUGGUUCAUUGGACAAAGCCUAAGGGGAAAUUAAUGGUGUUUUUGGAUAAAUGCCAUAAGUUUAGGUAAACACAGGCUUAAGAGAUUUUUUUGGUUCUGAGAAUCUUCAUCAGCUAACAUCACUUUCUUGAAUUUUGAAGAAUUCAUAUAAUCAACAACAAAAAAAGCAUAGCACAAAGGCUUAAUUCAUAAAGGUCAUGUUAACUGACUGGUAUUAUCUGAUAUAUCAAAACAUAAGAUCUCCUCAGCCUGUGUUAACCUCAGACCUUAUUUUCUGCAUUUAUUCCAAAACCCUAUUCUUUCCCCAUUCAUUUUUCACAGGGAUGGCUGAAAAAAACCAAAGGUAACUAAUUUCCUGGGUUUUAGGACUACACGCUGGCGAGCUCUGGUAAUUCAAGUUUUUAACAGUUAAACGUCCAUGCAGCAAGGGAUCUGCAUACCAACCAUUUGAUCUCAUCAGCUUCAUGGGAUAUGCAUUUAGAUUGUGUUAUUGUUUCGAAUUAUGGGCUAGUGAGCCAAUUUUAGAGCAGAUGUUAAACUGUAGCAUAGUUUAGGCUGUGUUUUUGCCAAGUGGCCACAUGGAUUAUUUUUUUGUUGUCUGACAGUAAUGUUAUAUUCGGUUCUGUUUUGUAGAAUACCAUCAUUGUGAUCUUGCAGACAUUGAAUCAGCUUUGAUCAAACUUUAUUAAACAAGCUCCAUUAGCCAGAGUAGCACAGAGUGUGCGUAAAGUAGAGAAUAAUUUUUCCGGGGGGGAAAGGUUUGGGAAAGUAUUUCUACAUCAUGUCAGUGCUCUCUUAAUGGAAACUUUUUCAAAUCUAUAAAGAGCUAGAAUAAAAGUAAUCAAGUCUUAGUCACUGACUUUACUUUAUUUGUCUGAAACAAGCAGCUAGUCAAUCAAUCUGUGCAAUGUCCUUAGUGCUCAACUCCUACAGGCAGUUUAUCCAUUCUAUGUAGGAUAUGUGUCAGGAUGGAGAGAGGGGUCCUCUUUGAUAGCAGAAACAAAAGUGUUCCAUGGUCCACACACUACAUCCACCACACGCAGCCCCUGGUCCUUGAAAAACUCUACCCUUCUUGGCUCGUCUGAACUGUCCUCAGUCCCCUGUCCCAGCUGGCCGUAUUCACCUGAAAAGGAUAUGAGAAAUAUGAGAAAAGGCCAUGUCUAUCCAUUCAUUGAUAUGUAUUUCACCCAGGAAUUCAUAACGGCUAUUUAUUCAAUACACAGGCCUACUCAAAGCCACGUAGACCACAAUAUUUGACAUUUAAAGCUUGCCCCAGUAGACUAGAAUAUUUUAAAGCUUACCCCAGCCCCAAGUGUAGAGAUCACCUGUACCUGUAAAAUAAAUAGAAAAAAUACUAAGUCAUCUCUCUAAAUUAGUAGUUUGAGGCAGCUUGGGUUGAAGGGCUCUUACUUGUGACUGCCGCAGUGUGACGCGACCCACAGCUGAUCUUGCUGACCUCACAUGACUGAGUAACAUCCACCAGGGCUGGGAAGGCCUGUAUUGAUAUGAACACCUCAUCGUAGCUCUCUUCAUCUUUACAUGUGCUGGCACCACCUAAACAUACAGCAGUUCAGAUAACAUAUUUAUAUGUUGUCUAGCUACACCAGUCCAGAACCUCAAUGUAGGUGUUUUGCAACGCAGCCAAUUAGAGGGUCUAUAAGUAUCAUCCAUUUGCCUGUAUGAACACUGAAUUUUAAAACGAGCUGAGCUGGUGGGUCUGCCCUCCCAAAAUAUAACACAGAUUUCAGACAGGCAGACCUGUGUCCUGGCUCUUCUGCUGCUCUCCUCUUAGGGCCCGUGAUGGCAGUCCCACCUGGCCACUCUCAUUCCAGCCCCACACGUACAGGUCUCCCCCAGCUGUGGACCAGACUAGUGAUCACAUUGACUGAAUAAUGUAAUGCAAUGCAAUCACUCUACUUUAUCAUUCUUUUGUAAGUUCCAUCCCAGUCAGUCUCUCUUACCACUGGUGCAGACAGAGUGCCAACCCCCGGCGGCCACAGUGCUCAUGGACAUACCCAUUAGUGCCUCCAUUGCUCUGGGCUCCUCCUGCGGGCUCAGGUCCCCAUGUCCCAGCUGCCCAUGGCUGCCAACACAAGGAAGCAAGGUUUUCAGAACAUUUAAUACAGAUCCUAUGCUGUCGUUCAUUCUGCCAUGUCUGAUGUACCCAAAAUAGUCAUCAGUAACCAAUGAAAGGUGUGCUGAAAAAAUGCCUAUUGAUUAAACUGUUGUACAGGAUUUGUUAAUUCCAUUACGAAACAUGACAUUUGUUGUCUUCACCUGCCUGAGCCCCAGGUGUAGAUGUCUCCAGAUGCAGUGAGGAGGACUGCGUGCUCUGUGCCUAGUGCCAGGCUAACAGCCUGUAGUUGUGGGGAAAGUGGGCGGUAAAAGGGAGGGUUGGAAGCUAUGUACCCUCCUGGAACCAAUGGGAAUGCUAGUGAGGGCCCUACAAAACACACAAGAAUGCAUUAUGAUUACAACAUUAUUGAAAUGCAACUAUUGAUUAGAGCUUCAAUAUAUUUGCCACACACCUGUACAUGGACCUGAGUGGGGAAAAUAACCAUAUUUACUUAAUUCUAGGGGUUGUGGGUGGUACCAACUAUGCUACAGCACCAGUCAGUAUGAAUCAAUACCAGUAUUAUCUGGAAUCACCAUACUCCACCCUGGUUUCUUCUCAUUUCGCUCAGAGUUCCAGCACUCUACUCUGUCUGCGAAAGACAGGGCCAGAUAUCCCUCGCUGAUAUGUGCAUCCUGGCACCCUCGGCUUUCCUCUACACAGCCGCCACAUCCUCUCUGACUGGGGGCCCCUACUCCAAAACCUGCCAAACACAGCCUUCCAUCACCUGAAACGCAAACAAAUGAUACAGUUAAGGGGAAACUUUGAAACAGUCCAUGUAGGUUUACGAAUUGAGGUACAUGGUUGCAACUUAAUUGAUACACUGGAAACUGGUUCAUGCAGUUAUCAACCUUUCACUGCGGUCUCUGGUUGAGCGGUCUGCCAGUUAUUUUCACGAGAAGGCAGCCCUUACAAAAAAAUAUAGCAGUUUUGAAACUGCAGUCGACGGGUAUUUUGGACGCAGGAUUUGGCAUUAUGUAACUGACAGUUAGACUUACAGGUUAUGUCGUUGUCUUUUGUUUGAAUUGUUUACGUGUCCGCUGUGCGGGGGAAAUUAUAAUACAAGCGGAACUACGUAGCUAAUACUGUUGUAACGGGGAUCCUUAUUGUAGCAACACACUUUUGGAGGAAAGGCAAUCCUGCGCUGCGUUAGCUAAGUUUUCAUGUCAUCAGGUGUAGUUCAUAAAGGUUGAAGAGUGUAUGUUAGGAUGAAGUGUGAAUUCAUGCCAGGAAUAAUACGUGUGAAGUUUGAUUUCCUCUCUUCUGUAAUAAGCAGCCAAUGAGGUAUUUUUUCCUUUAUUCAUGUGUUUAAUCUGAACCCGUUAUAACGCCGGUUAAACUGUUAUGUAUGUAAGCACUUCAGAGUUAUACCAAGCUAAUAAGUCACUCGUAAGAUAAGGUUGUAAGAGUGUGCUUAACUGUAUUUUUCAUUUACUUUAUAGUUCUCACGGAAGGUGAUAAUUCUGACUAAAACUACAGAAUAAAGCCGCCAGUUAAAAUCAA